GACGACCCAAGUGCACUUAAUUUAAAUACGUAGGACACAAAAUAGAAUGAAAAUGUAAAGUAAUUACUGAAAAGAUGCGGUUAUGAUCUUAAAAUUGUUGUAUUGUUAAUCAAGGACAGUUGUGAGGCCAAUAAUGGCUGAAGAGAGCUACGAGGAGAGACAAAAUAAUGAGCUAACCGCCUUACAGGCUAUAUAUGGUGAUGCUGUUAUUGAUAAUCGCGAAAACAUUGCUUGGAAAGUAUGGCGUCCGCUCGAUAUAAUGUUGACGUUGAAUCCACUUCACAACUCAGAUAUACAAGGUGUUCACUGCUCUGUAACAUUGCAUUUAAAAUGUUGCAAUAAUUAUCCUGACAAGCCACCAAGUCUAGCCAUACACAAGAUGCAUGGAUUAUCCACAGACAAUGCCACCAAAUUAUUGGCUGAAUUGGAGACAUUGUCACAUCAAUUGUGUGGUGAAGUUAUGAUAUUCCAACUAGCCCAGCAUGCACAGCAAUUUCUGCAUGAUCACAAUAAGCCUAUAUUGUCGUUUUACGAUGAAAUGCUGAAGCAGAAGAAUGAAAUGGAGAAACUGAAACUUCAUGAUUUACAAACCAAAGAGGAGGAAGAACGCCAAAAAAUCAAAGAUGAGAUACAACGUCGUCAGGAGAUACUCAAAGGUGCCGGAAGACAGCGUGUCCGAGUCUCCAGCCUCUGCCAUGAUAACAGCACGGAACAGGACUGCACUGAUGAAAAGGUGGAUGCACCAGAGCUUGUAUUCUAUGCGGACGAUAAAAUGUCGCCAGUAAAGAAAUCAACACGUCUUCGAAACAUGGAGGUUCCGUGCACGUGUAACACGCGAGGAGUGCAAGUGCUCAGAGUGACGCAACGGAACAACAAGAAGGUUUACAUAGGGAGCUGUUUAGGACAUUCAUCGACCGGCGCGACAACAUAUCUAGCGAUAGACGACGACACAGGGGAAAGUCUUAUCGCAAAGAAGUGGAGCAUCCCACCGGCUUCAGACUUCCAAACGAGAAACAAACAGCUUACAUCGAUACAGCAAGACGUGAAGUCGCUUGCCCGACUCAGCAACGCCUCCUUGAUCCCAUACGUUGCAAUGGAGAUGUGUAAAGAAGUAAACAAACGAACGUCAAAACAGUGCAUUUAUAUAUUCAGAAGUUUCGUUCUAGGGACGUCCUUGAAGAAUCUAGUGAAAAAGUUGAGUGGUUUCAGUGAUUGCUUUGAGGUUUUGGGCCUCUUGAGACAUGUGGCUGACGGUGUUUUGAGUGCGUUAAACGAAUUGCAUGCAGCGAAUAUAAUACAUAGGGAUGUUAGAAGUGAAAAUGUAUUCGUCGAUGACGUUGGCCAAGUGAAGUUGGUUGGUGCUAGCUUGGACACCAGGUUGGCUGAAAUGUUGGACAAUGAUAACUAUUGUGAUAAGCAAACCCCAGCCCAAGAUAUCUAUGCGACCGGACAACUUCUGUUAUCCAUUGUUUGCAAAGAAAAAUCGUAUACAGAAAUACCGCAGGAGCUCCCUUGCGUGGCAAAAGACUUCAUAUCCAGAUGUUUAACGGAAGACGAACAUUCACAAUGGUCGGCGAAGCAGUUGAUGAGUCAUUACUUCUUAGUCGAAGCUCCGACAAAGAAACCUUACGUCAAACGUGCCGACGACGGUGGAAGCGGUUCAGAGGACGACGACGCCGUCAAAAAGAUUCGACACAUGAGUUUUGCCAACAACGGGCUGUCGCGGCUGGACGCUGAGUUUGAAGUGCUGGCGUGGCUCGGGAAAGGCGCAUUCGGUGAUGUUUUGAAGGUAAAGAACAAACUGGACGGAGGUUUCUACGCGAUAAAAAGAGUCCAACUGAAUCCCGAAAGCGUUCAGCUCAACAAGAAGAUAACAAGAGAAGUGAAACUCCUCUCCAGGCUCAACCACGAGAACGUAGUCCGCUAUUACAACGCGUGGAUCGAGUCGACAACUGAACCGAUAGACUGUGAGGAAUCUCCCACCAAAACUCCCACCCGGAAACCCAGCUUGGAAGGUAUUGUCGCGAAACUGGGACAAGAGGUCAAAGUGGAGUGGUCCAUGUCAGAGGGACCGGCGCAGAUGACGAAUUCCACAUCAGACACCGAAGAUAGCGAUGACGAUGAACCGGAUCCGUGGUUUAAUAUCAUCAGCCCCGGUGACGAAUCGAGCGAACUUAUCGAAUUCGAAAAAACCUCUGACGACGAAGAAUCUCAGACGUUACCAUCGGAAGACGUUGUCGACGCGCCGAGACCUCAAUCCGAGCGUCUCAAGCAAGUCCUAUACAUCCAAAUGGAAUUUUGCGAGAAGCAUACGUUGAGACAAGCCAUAGACAACGGCCUGUUCCAGGAACAUUUCAGGGCGUGGAGGCUGUUCCGGGAGAUCGUCGAAGGUCUAGCACAUGUGCAUCAGAGAGGCAUGAUACACAGGGACCUCAAGCCUGUGAAUAUAUUCUUGGACUCGAACGACCAUGUCAAGAUUGGAGACUUCGGACUAGCAACUAAAGCGUUCACGGGACUGCCGGUUGAAGAUAAAACGAAACAAGAAGAAAUAGGCGGUUCCCUAACUGGGCAAAUAGGAACAGCCCUAUACGUAGCUCCCGAACUACUCCAGUCUGCUACAAAGGUCAUAUACAAUCAAAAAGUGGACAUAUAUUCAUUAGGCAUAAUAUUGUUUGAAAUGUUCCAUCCGCCCCUCGAAACUGGAAUGGAGAGAAUGAUGGUGCUCACCAAUUUGAGGAGCAAGGAUAUCGUCAUACCGAAUAAGUUUGAUGUCGACGAAAAUGUGAAGCAGAUUCAUGUCAUAAGAUGGUUGCUGAACCACGAGGCGAGCCUGCGGCCCACGUGCGCGGAGCUGCUGGCCAGCGAGCACGUGCCGCGCGCCGUGCCCGAGGGCGCGCUGGCCGGGCUGCUGUCGCACGCGCUCAGCGACCGCACGGCGCGCGGCUACCAGCGCCUCGUGGCCGCCUGCCUCGACCAGAGGCCGUCCGCAGCCGAGGACUACACCUACCACAACGGGAUGAAGACCAAGCCCGCCCGUCUCCUGGAGUUCGUCAAGGAUGCUGUUGUCAAGGUAUUCAAAAGUCACGGAGCUUUAGAGUUCGCUCCGCCGCUCCUUAUACCGAGAGCGAGAGCCUGGGACCAGUAUCCUAACGCUGUCAAAGUCAUGACGUCAUCGGGCUCGGUCUGUCAUUUACCGCACGACUUGAGGCUGCCUUUCGCCAGGCACAUAGCAUACUCCGGUAUAAAAAAUCUCCGUCGUUUUAUAGUCGAUAGGGUUUAUAGAGAGAAGCACGUUCAAGGUUUUCACCCGAAGGAAAUUCUUGAAUGUGCCUACGAUAUCGUCACCCCUAAAACUGACUCUCUAUGGCCGGACGCAGAAUUAAUAGAGGUCGCAAGUAGAGCGGCAUCGGAGUGUUCCCUCAAAGUGUCGAUACAACUAAAUCACACGGAACUGAUUCGCGUCCUGCUACAGUCGUGCGGGGUACCGACAGACAAACAGGCUGAUAUAUACCCUGUUUUGGUCGACGUCAGCUUCGGUCGCAUAACGAGUCUGCAACUUCAAACACACUUGACGUCGCUCUGUAUAACGAAUCGUGACGUCACGAACCUGGUCCGCCUGAUGGAGGCGGAUGCGCCGGUCCAAGAGCUCCGGGAGCUGGUCACGCCUCUCGUCAAACAAGCGAAGUGCAGUAGGAUCGCGAGUCAGGCCGUGCACGACCUGGAAGCCGUGUACAGGAACGCCAAGGCGCUGGGCUGUGAGUGCCCGAUGACGGUGGCUCCGCUCUCGGCGUACAACGUGACGCAGCACAGCGGCGUGUUCUGGCAGAUGUCCGUCGUGCGAAGCGAACAGAAGUCGAUCACCAAACGACGUUCCGGGGACCUUAUUGCGGCUGGCGGAAGAUACGACGCUCUGGUCAAGGAGUUCUGGAAUGUAGCGAGCGCGGAAAACGAUCAAGACAGCGCCGAUUUGAAUGUGUGUUCGGUCGGGUUCUCGAUGUCCCUCGAACGGAUGGCGGCCUUCCUCAACAAACUGGAGACGCAAACGAACGUGCCGAUCAAGAGUAACGAGACGCCGCUGGUGCACGUGCGCGUGUGGGGCGCGGUGGGCAGCGGGCGGGAGGGCGCGGCGGCGGCGCGGCGGGCGCAGCUGGCGCGCGAUCUGUGGGCGGGCGGGCUGCGAGCCGGGCUGCACGCGGGGGACGCGCCCGACCUCGCGCCCGGCGCCGUGCUGGCCGAGCACGACCCGCCCCUCGUCCGGCUGUCCUGCUGGGACCAGGACAGGAUCCGGGAACACAGGGUGCCCUACGUGGAUGUUGUCGAUUUCAUCAAACAAAAAAUUAUCGGCGACUCGUCUCGGAAUCCUGAAGGUUCUAGCACGAACCGAUCGAUAAGCUGGUCCGAAAGCUCCGAAAAAUACAACAGUCCGAAUAUAUCGGUCACUUUCAUAACGGCCAGCGACAGAAUGACGAAAAACUCGAAGAGGCACUGCGAGAAUCAGAUAAACACUCAAGUGACGUCGAUUCUGGUAAGUCUGGGCCUCCUGCCGGUCAUGGCGAGGGUGCGCGUCAACGUACUAGCCGUGGCCUGCGACUCCGCCUGCGUCAGGUACAUGGCCUCGCAGCUGACGGCGCCAUUAGAUGCCGAUGAUCUGUCGCAAGCCUUCAGAAACGUUACGGAAAUGUUCCCCAAACGUCAGGGCCUAAUAGACGAAGCUCGCUCCGAGCUUUCGAGCUUAUUGAAACAAACCAGCCCGAGUCGGAACAACGAAGAGACUCAAAUAUACGCCCUAUAUUCAAUACCGGAUUCAUUGUGUCGACUUAUUACUUGAUGCUUACUAAUGUAAUUUUAAUUGAUAUCUCUAAUAGUAUUCUUAGUCGUUCGAGUAAUUAUUUGAUACAUUAGAAAUAAUGCACAGAGCAUCGAUAACUAUGUAAACAAUUAGUGAAAUCAAUGGCGCUUCACUGUGAUUAUUGCCAUAUGCGAAAUACAAGAAACUACUAAAACUAAUUGCGUGCCAUUUUCCGUACGUUGACUGAACUACGACAAAAACCUCCCAAGUGCCAACAGCAAAACAGUUUGACAAACUGUCCGCGAACGAAAAGAUAAAAAAACGAGCAAACACAAAUAAUAAUUGAAGUGAAACUUCUAAUGCGACUUCUAA